AUGUCUCAAGAGCAAGCCAAGGAAUUCCUUGAGGAAGGAUCGCAGACAAUAGAGUACCGAUAUCGACCGACCGCCCACAAUACCGCAGAAGAACUCCAGCUAAAACUUGGAUGUUUGCAUUUUGAUUUCGAGGAAAGCGAGACCAUGGCUGCUAUUCGGUCACGCUGCGAGGACUUUGGCGUGUCGAGCUCUCGUUCGGCUGUUCUUCAAGAAGAGCAGGAAAAGGAGCUGGCACCCGAGGUUGAACAAGAGCGCCAAAUUCAGCGGCCUAAGCCAGCGGCCCCGGAACUGCAUGAGAUACAUCAAGAUGUCAUCAGCUUUAUUCGCGAUGGCACAAUACGCGCUAGGUCGCCUGCUUUCUCUUCGGCCGUCCUUUCCCUCUCCGACACGAGCGUCGGCGACACAUCCAAGCUGUUCCAUUUUCCUGGCUCUCUCCUCGUCAAUGCCGACUUUGCACGAACAGUCAAGAUAAUCACUUCGCAAAAGAAGUUGCCGGGCGCUCGCGACUCCUAUCAGCGGCCCGUUCAAUGGGUCCUCACAAGCUGGUGUACUGCGGCGGGAACGAGGGCUGCGAUCAUCAGCCCGCACGAGGCGCAUGAGCUUAUACCGGAAAUCAUGCGGUCAACUCACGGCGGAGGAUUUUGA